GACUUCUUCAGACGGGAGAACAUAAAACUUUUUGACAACUUCACCAUUGUCAGUUACGAUGUCACCCAAUUUUCUUCAACCAAAUAUUCGAAUAAAUUGGUUCUUCUCUCAUGUUGGGAGAUACAGAUGCCCCGAGUUUCAGAAACAAUGAAGGUACUCCAGAAGAACGGAGGGAGAAUAGAAAACUGAGAGUACGUUUCAUCAGAUCGCUAACAGCUUUUUGGAUACUUGGAGUGUGCAAUAAUUUCGGGAUAUCGGCUAUGCUUGCUGGCGCCGUCAAUAUCAUAGAGGUCAACGAGAAUGCUGCUGAAAAUGGCACUGAACCUGGAAAGAGAGAUUGCACCAUGAGUUCCACAGGGGUCAUUCUAGUGGCCCAGUAUGUUGGUGCGGUCGGAACGACUAUGAUAGCCCCGUUUUUACCGAUGUUGAUACACUGUAGAAUGAUAUGUUGUUUGUUGAUGUAUGUUGGAGGUUUUCUGUUGGUUGCUUUCAUAACUGAAUAUAUGGAAGUCGCGAUGGUGGGCGUUGCCUUGGUGUCCAUAUCAUCAGCGCUCGGCGAAGUCACUUUGCUCCAAUACGCUGCCUAUUUCACUAGGGUAACCUUGUCUACCUUCAGUUCUGGAACUGGCGCUGCAGGCGUUCUUGGAGCACUUUCCUACACCUUAGGAGUGGAACAAGGAUACAAAUACACCAUGCUGGGGAUGACGUCCAUACCGAUUAUUAUGGGAUUGGUCUUCUGGUUCCUCUUACCGAUACCAACGGAGGAAGAUAAACUUAGUGUGUCAAUCCAACGGGCUUGGAAUGAGAGAGAAGUGAAGACACCUUGGAUGAUCAUUGUGAAGAAGUACUACCUCAUUCCGAAGGUGUUCUGCAAGUACAUUGCACCUCUGGGAUCAGUGUAUCUAUUCGAAUAUUUCAUCAAUCAAGGGUUGUACGAGCUGAUAAAGGUGGAAGAUAAACUAGUGGAGAAGCACAUGCAGUACCAAUGGCUUCAAGUGGCCUACCAAGUUGGAGUUUUCGUGUCCAGGUCUUCGGUCAACUGUAUAUACAUAAAAUACAUCUGGAUCAUGGCCCUUUUUCAGUUUUUCAACGUGAUAAUCUUCACCACCGCUGCCAUAUACAUGUACAUCAGCAUAUUUUGGGUUCUUUUCGCUCUGGCCAUCGAGGAGGGCUUGUUUGGAGGUGCGGCAUACGUGAAUACGUUCGUGCGGAUAGGGAGGGAGGAGGCGGAGGAGGAGAAGCAGUUUAUGUCCUCCAUGACUUGUUUCGGCAACAACGCCAGUAUCAUGCUGGCCGGUUUCCUGGCCAUUUUGGCCCAUAAUUUGAUUUGUAAAUUACCGCAACCGAGUGAAAUGUAGACGAUUAGAAUGAACAAUGUAGUCAUAUGUUAAGUACAACACAUAUUAUAUGAGAAACA